CUGACAGGAAAAAAAUAAUUAGUCCAGAGACUACUGUGUGUUAGUGGACACUCUACGAGUUCAAACCCCGCCCUCAUCAAAGUGAAGUGAUGGUAGGACAUCAGCAAAGUUCAGACAGUGCCACAGCUGGUGAUACACAAGAACCACAACAUAUAGGAUGCAGCUUGAUUGCAGACAUGGUGAACUCCAGCUGCGGAAGUGAACCACAUUUCAGCAGGGUUAAAGAGCCUGAAUGUGAAACGGUACAAUUUAAAGAAUUAGACAAAGAGGUAUACAUCAGUGCAGCUGAGCAAGAAGCUGUUUCAGCUCCUGUUGUGAUCCUCUCUGACGUGACACGAGGCGAUGCAGUAAGUGACAGAUUACAAUCUACAGAAUUGUUGUUGGAGCCUGCCAAUCUUCAUGAAAUUGACACAGCCCUAAUUGACAUCCUCCCUGAAGUGAAACAAGACAAUGUAACCAAAAUGGAGACUGAAGAUCAUAGUGCUGAUAUCAAAAAUGAACCGCAGGACCAACCAGAUUUGGAAGAGCCUGUGAUUAAACUCCUUGGGGAAUUGGGCGAGGUGGAGAAUGCGACCAAGACAACCUCUAGUCCUGAACCACAGACAUCUCACAAAGACCAAAGCUCCCCAAACCCUUCCCAUGAAAGGUCAUUGGAUGUGAAUGGAGAUGGUGUGCUUUUUCAAGAAAUAGAAGAGACUAAGAUGUAUCAGAAGGCUGGAGAUGAUGAUCCUGAAAUUUUAUCAGGUGCAAUACUAGAGCAUUUAGUAGAAACGUGUUUUAAUAGUGAGAUGCAGUUGCAGGCUACUGAAGAGACGGAAAUUUUGGAGCCUCCCGCAAAGAAAAGAUUAAGAAGAAGAAUGGGUAUGUGUGGCCUAGGAGACAGGAAGAGGAGAUUCCCCUUUGAUGGACAGCACUUUAGGCAGGGUCUUAUAGGAAGAGAGCGGGAAGAAGGACCUCUUAAGGGAAAUAAAUGUGCACAGCACCUGCAUGACCCACUGUUGGAGAAUGAUGUUACCACACCAAUGGAACAUGAAGGAACUAACAGACCCGCAUGUCAAGAAAAUGAAGAGGUUUUGAAAAACAAGGAGAACAAUAGUGCUGCAGUGAUUGAUGAUAAAAGAACACCAGGAGAAGCAGAAAAAGAACAACAAAAAAACAUGAAUAAGUGCACUGCAUUGAUGAGAGACGGUGAUACCACAGAUGAAUCCCCUACAGAAAAUAGAGAUGUUCUGGAAAAAGUCAUAUUGGAGGAAAAUGAUGGUAUUGUAAUCAUGGAUAACAAAGGAACUGCUGAACAAGUGGUUUCAGAGCAUCACCUUAACCUGUUAGAAGAUAUAUCACCAGGGGUUGGACAAACACUGUUAAGUCCUACCAUUUGGGAAAACUUGAACAUGAGCCAAGAUGAACGGUCAGUAGCUGCUGCUACCAAUGACCAUGAAAUAGAAACUGCUACCUGUGGUGAGGAACCAAACGUCCCUGGGACCAACAUGACCAACAAUAGACAAGAUAUCGAAUUUAACAUGAAACACGACGUUCUGCCAGAGAAACAGCAACUUCAUGCUGAUAAUAAAGUGGGCGAGGACCCUGAUGAGAUUGCGAUGGAAGAUGAAGUUGCUCAGGAAGUGAUCUGUAGCUCAGUUUGUGCUAUGGUUGAAAAGUCUGAAGGUUGUUUCAUAGUCACUAAACAGCUCCGAGAGGUUCCAACUGGUCUGGAAGAAAGUGAAAUGGAGAUUGAAGAGUGGUGUCCAUCCAAUAUGGCUCCCACUGAGAAACAUGACCCGAACGGACCUGGACUGGGCGGGUCCACCGAAAAAGGAUUGGACGCCAGAUUUGUCGACAGCACGGGUAUUGCUUCCAUUGAAAUACAUCAUGUGAAAGGUCACUGUGAAAACGACAAGCCCAUAACAGCUGUAUCAGAGAGUACAGAGCCUGCUGGAGGAGAUGCCAUCAAUGCUAAGGAGAACAGUGAACCUCUAGCACCACCUACUGUCCAGGAGAAGUGCAUGCAGUGUCUUUUAGACCAGAAUCACCGUGACACUUCUGUGACCCCUACUGUUGCUGAGCAGCAGGUCUGUAACCCCACCCUGACCCCUGCUCCUAGUGAGGUGCCUCAGGAGACUGGCUUAUCCGUUCCAUCGUUGCUUUACUCUAUGACGGACUCCCAACUCCAUAAAAUUGCGUUAAGCAUGAAACUGGAGGACCAGUCUAUCCCAGAAGGCUGUGAUCACCAGGAGGAUGCCACAGAGCUUGUGCGUGGCCUCAUCAGAGAACUCUCCUCUAUAAAUCGUACCGUGAUGGCGGCACACCGUGAGAUGGAACUCUUGCGCCGUGGAAAACUUCCAAAGGCUCCGAAUCGUCGCCUUUGUGGUCCUCGCCAUACCGAGAUGUAACCACAUGACGGAGAUGUGAUGCGGAUAAUAGUCUCGUGUCUCUAUAAAAUUUUUAUUUGGCAGUAGGGCCUAUAAGUGCUUGUUUAUACAAAUCUUUGUUGAAAUAUAUAUAAAGAGGUAAGGAGUAAAUGGUGUAACUUUGAUUUUGUGUUCGAGACUGGAUCUGUCUGGGUUAGAGGAGUUCUACAGGUUUACUCGUUUGUCCAUAAAGUUUGAGUUACUGUUUUUAUUUUUAUACAGAAUGCAUUACUAGAGUGUCAGAAUGAGCCUCAGCAGUUUCUUGACAUUUCUGUAACUGUUCUCGAGGCAGCUAGCCAUGUCUCACAUUCCGUCUGUUCACGUUUCAGAAACAGAUUGAUACGAGUACUUAAUAAGUAGAUUAAUGUGUAGACUUGCUUUUUAUGUCACUUUGAAGUGGGAGCUCCUUUUUAAUGCGCUCACCACCCUAUUGUUUUGUUUACAAGUCCUUGAGUUGGUGAAAAAUGUUUGUUUUAUUGUUGCAACACCAAGACCAGUUGAUAAUUCAA